AUGCCACAGACAAGAAGUGCAGCUGUGUCACCCCCAAAGGACACUGGUGCUGGCUUCAUGGCCGGUAUCGAAGAAGAAGAAGACGUUGUCAAUAACACACCAGCACCCUCCGCUCGUCGGUCUGCUCGCCGGUCUACUCGUCGGUCUGCUCUCAAACACACGGGUCAACAUGGCGCCCCUGCGCCAACCCCAAGUCACCCUCGCGGAAAUAUCUUCACAGAUGUCUAUAGCCCGAACCCACUCGUUUCGAACACAGUCACUUUCGCCUCACCUCGUAAACGCCGCUUCCAACCAGAUGAGGACAAUCCAUGGGACCCGCCAACCAAGCGAGCUCAUAUUGAGUUUGCAAAGGCUGAAUGCGCUGCGCAAGGCUUGAAUGAAGAGGACACUGAAGAAAUUGUCCGCUUCUCUCAGCUCUCAACACACCGGGCUCUCAUUGCCCUGCGAGUGGAGAUGGCCAACCAGCGGAUUGAUCGUCUUGUCUGGGAGGGUGAAUGUUGGAUGCAACCCAACGAGUACAGGAACAAUAUUCAUGACGCACUUUUUGGGUACCUCCUCGAUGGGAGUGUCUCUGCAUACAAGGAUGGCCUCACUGUUCGCUUCCUCCGUCAUAUUCGCAAUAAACCUGGCAACUACAACAUCCCCAAGCACCUCUGGCCAUUCCUCGGCCACGACAAGUUUAGCGAGAAGGAUAUCAAGCGCAAGCUCAACACAUCUCUCAACGGGAAGAAGGACAUCUAUGCAACCGUUUCGAAUCUCAUCGGCAGCAAUUCCUCUGGCGCUCACAGUAAGAUCACUGUUAACGAGCAGAUGUGGGGCCGGUGGGCCUGGGUGGCUCUGUAUCUAUCUGAUUACAACAAGUUGCACCUUGGCCCUCCGGAUGCUUUCUGGGACCAUACUGACAAGCAGCUUCGUGACCACCGGCGAAAGUACACCUACCUGCAGGGAGUCGAGCGCAAGAAGGCUAUCAGCGUCCGUUUCAGCCUCUCCCUUAAGAAGCACCGGUCAACCUUCAAGGUGAAGAAGAAGCCGAACCUGGAUGGCCUUACGGAGUCUGCUUGGCAGCGGCAGCUCCACAAGGCCAUCGAGGAGAUGGAUAGCUAUGAUGCUGUCGACACAGCAUUGACUUUGCAGGAGUCGACCGUCCGUAGUGUAGAGGAAAUCAACCGCGACCUCGAAGCCGAGGCUGCCCAUGAAUCAACUGGUUAUGAUACUGAUUGA